AUGACGAACGCAAGUAGCGAUAGAACGGACGAAAAAGACUGGGGAAACGAGAAAAUCGAAGAUGUCGGCCGGCCGGCGCUCAAUGAUAUUGACUACGAUGAAGAGUACACCUAUCAGGAACAACGCAAGAUAAUCCAUCGCAUCGAUCGAAGACUGGUCACGAUGACGGGACUCUCAUAUUGUAUCUCGUUGAUGGACCGGACGAACCUGAGUAUGGCAGCUGUGGCUGGUAUGACCAAAGAUCUGGCACUUGAUGUCGGAUAUCGAUAUUCUCUUGUGGUUCUUAUGUUCUUCGUCCCAUACGUUAUCUUCCAGCCUCCGAUGACGGUGAUAACGAGGAAGUUGGGCCCUACCUAUUUCUUGGGGAGCAUUAUCGUCGCUUGGGCUGCGAUUAUGGUCGGAAUGGGUUUCACGAAGAAUUGGAAGGACAUGCUUGUUUGCCGCAUACUCCUCGGUCUCUUGGAAGCAGGUAUCUCAACCCAGCUGCUACUUUCCCGGUUGUGUGUACCUUCUGUCCAGUUGCUAACUCGGACAGACGACGUUCAAAAACGCUUUUCUGUUUUCUACCUGAUUGGCUGCGUAGCAUCAGCACUGUCUGGUAUCCUCGCCUUUGGACUGAUGCAAGCCGAUGGUCGCGAAGGAUUGGAGGGUUGGAGAUGGAUCUUCAUCCUGGAAGGCGUGAUCACCGGCGUGAUAGGCAUCCUUGCAUUGGUCUUUUUGGUCGACUUCCCAGACAGGGCAUACAAGUCAUGGAAAUUCUUGACCGAAAAAGAAUGCGCCUUCAUUGUCCGACGUAUCAAUCGGGACCGCUCCGACGGUGAUUCCGAGCCAUUCGCUCUAAAGCGGUUUUUGAAACCUGCCCUGGAUUUGAAGAUUUGGGGAUUCGCGGUGAUUUUCCUUUGUGUCACUGCCGUCACUUAUGCCAUCGCAUACUUCCUCCCAAUUAUCCUUCGUGAAGGUAUGGGCUUCGGCAUCGGCGCUUCGCAAUGCCUAGUCGCCCCUCCCUACGGCUUCGCCGGUAUCGUCAUGUUCGCUGGCGCAUGGGUGGGAGACAAGUACCGCGUGCGAGGAGCCAUUGUGGUCUUCAACGCAUUGCUUUGUAUCCUGGGUUUGCCUAUGAUGGGCUUUGCGACGGGAAAUGCCACUCGCUACACGGGCGUGUUUUUCGCUGUGGCCGGAUCAAAUGCAAAUAUCCCGGCAACAAUGGCCUACCAGGCUAACAAUAUCCGAGGACAAUGGACUCGUGCGCUGUCCAGUGCCACGCUUGUUGGUUUUGGCGGGAUUGGAGGGAUUGUGAGUAGUGUGGCGUUUCGAUCCCAGGAUGCGCCGGAGUACAGGCCCGGGAUGUGGACGACCAUUGCUUGCAAUCUUUUGAUUCUGGCUAUCGUUCCGGCGCUCAGCGUGUGGUUUUGGUACUGUAAUAAGCAAGCAGACCGUGGGUUUGGAUUGGACCGUGCAUCGACCAGUCCCUCUACAAAGGAUGCUGCGGAGAAUGGGAGCGCCUAUGCCAAUAUAACCCUUUCAGGAAACCCGUUCCCUCGCGUUAGUUUUAUCCUCUUAUUGGCUGCUAGAGUACUCUGUACUUAGGAGUGCAUGGUCUAAUGUGUUUAAUUAAUAUAAACUUGUGUAACGUGGUUUCCAUCGCUUUGGACGCUUCGCUGCAAGCGUCGUGAGCAAUAUAUAUCCACCGGUUCGCCUAUAUGGUGACCAUCAUAGUACACAUGACAGUCUUUACCCCGGAAUGACAACUUGUGAAAUAUCCCUAUUCCGAUCUUCUGGCCCUAACUAUUUGUAGACCGACAAGGUAUAAGCUAGCACCGUGCGACGUGAGAGCUGGUUUGUGCGCAAUAAGGAUUUGCGCUCAGUGCUGCAGGAAGCUGCAUAGCCUGCAGGUGGUCUAUAUAUUUGUAUACAAACGGAGUACUAUUUAGGAUCUCUAUCUGUAUCUGUUCAUCCUGUACUCCGUACAAGUACGCUCGAUCUGGGGAUAUCCCAUGCCAUC